GUGUGUGUGUGUGUGUGUGUGUGUGUGUGGCGAAUGGCAUGGUUGGGGGACGGCGAUGGAGAUUCCAUGCUUUGCGCGCUGCGCAUGCGAGAUGCUGUCGCGUGCAUGCGUUCGCGUGGGCUUCCUUAUCGCGGCUGGGCCCUGGGGUUGGGUUUGUGUGGCGGCACUCCUUGCUUUGGCUUGGCUUUUGGCUUGGCUUGGGAUUGGGAAGGCAGUGGAAGGAUGCGCUUCCUGCUGGUGAUGGGAGUGGUGGGCCUGAUUGUGGGCGGUGCCCGCUAUUGUACUUUUUUUUCGUUCGUUUACUUAUGGAGUACGGGUGUUGGUUGUGACAAGUGCGCUGAGGAGACGAAUGAUGGGAAUUCGUCUGUUCGUUACAUACUCACCAAGUAACCUAGAUAUCUUCUCAAUCCUUAGGUAUCUACUGUGCUACUCGAUGGCUCUUUUGCUGUGAGUCAGGUGCUUGCGCCAUGGCAGCGCGACCGAGUCUCCUCUCACCAAAACCCAGUGCCAGUCCAGAGAUAAGAGAAGAGGCCGAUAUAGCUGCGCCAAAGAGCACCAUCCAAACACCCGCGCACAAGGCAAGCCCAAGCGACAAAUCAGCCACUCUAACCCUCACGCAGGCUAAAAGCGCCCGGAAUAUCGUGGCCGGGGCAUCUAGCGACGUCAAUCCCUCAC